AUGUGUUACUACGGCAGCUACUAUGGAGGCCUGGGCUAUGGCUAUGGUGGCCUAGGCUAUGGCUAUGGCUGUGGCUGUGACUGUGGCUGUGGUGGCUAUGGUGGCUAUGGUUAUGGCUGCUGUCGCCCACUGUGCUGUAGAAGAUACUGGUCUUGUGGCUUCUACUGA